UUAACAAAAAUUGAAAUAUGAGCCAUGCAUAUACAAAUGAAUCCCGUCAGGAACCUCAAAGGAUUACUUUAACAGAUUUGUGUUUUUUGCAAUUGAGACAGAUUAAAGAUUGCCUUUGACAAAACAAGUUAUUUCUAUUAAUAUUUUCCGGGAGGAAUCUCGAAUCGUUUUCAUAAUUACGGAAUAACAGAUCAUUUUCAAAAAUUAUUGUAUUUUGAACUAAUUUGUUUGAGCGAAUCGUGAAAUAUGGUGACAAAAAUCAUAUCUGUGUGUUUGUUCAUUUUCAUAUUUUCUAACAUCGUGCAUGUUUCCGAAAUGUUACUGUUAGGAACAAAUCGCAAGCCUGCUUUUUAUAAAGCAGCUGUGUUUGAGCACGCUGUUAUAUUCCCAGAAAAGAGAGCAAGUUCAUACGAUGAAGCAGUUUCACAAAUGUUUCCGAAUCUUGACGAAUAUAAAAGACAGGCAGAUAUAGCAGGGACACUCGGCGUUGAUAUAAUUGUGUUCCCAGAAGACGGGCUAUAUGGUUAUAUUUUUCGGUCACCUUCCGACAUAGAAAACUAUCUAGAGUACAUUCCCGAUCCUUCUCAAGUGGACUGGACGCCAUGUACUGAGCCUUCGAAAUACGAAAGAACAAAGAUUCAGACGUUUCUAAGCUGCCUCGCUAAGAAUAACUCGAUUUACUUAGUGGCUAACUACGGUGAUAAGCAACCGUGCCAAAAGACCGACCCCAGUUGCCCUAAGAAUGGACACUAUCAGUACAAUACAAACAUAGUGUUUGACAGGAAUGGAAAACUCAUAGCUAGAUAUCACAAGCAGAACUUGUACUUCGAGAAACAAUUCAAUACACCUACUACUCCAGAAUUCAUUUACUUUGACACUGAAUUUGGACGUUUUGGAACUUUUACCUGUUUCGAUAUCUUGUUCUAUGAUCCAGCGAUUCCUUUGAUAGAAACAUACAACGUAACGGAUAUAGUGUUUCCAACUGCAUGGAUGGACGCGCUGCCUUUCCUUUCUGCCAUUGGUUAUCACUCUUCAUUUGCUGUUGCAUACAAUGUUAAUUUUCUAUCAGCGAAUUUGCAUCAACCUACUAGACGAUUUCAGGGCAGUGGAAUUCAUACACCAGAGGGGACCUUAGCGUUUUAUUAUAAUCGGAGUUCACCUGACGGUCGUCUGCUUGUAAAAGAAGUUCCUAUUUUGAUGAACAAUAGCAGAAGGUUUGAGAAAAAGAAAGUCACACUUGACACUUCUGAUAUGCAAUUUAUUCAAAGACAUGAAUUUCAAGGUCGAGUUUUCAAAGAUAAAUAUAAUUUCGUAAGUCUCAGAUCAAAAGUUGGUAACGUUACCGUUUGUCAGGCCGAUCUUUGCUGUUAUUUGUCGUACAAUCGAGUUGAGGUUACAGGUAAUUAUGCAUUUGGGGUGUUCAGCGGGGUUCAUCACGGUGCUCAUCGUCCAUACUACCUGCAGGUAUGCAUUCUUUUAGAAUGUGGGUCUGAUAACGUCACUGACUGCUAUCAUUUUACCUUUUUAGCGAACGGAUAUUUCAAUAACAUUACUAUCAAAGGUAACUUCUCAACUCCGUAUGUUACACCACAAGUAGUUACCACCAAUAAUGGAACUCUUGAAUUGCUACCUUCCCAUGCUUUGAAAUUCAAUGAACGAGGUUUAACGUUUAAGUCAAACCUGACACCACUUUUGGAAGCUUCGCUUGUUGGUCGUAUCUAUGAAAGGGACAGUGUCUCAAAUCAGACACCAAAUUUUGCUAAGUCAAUCGUUGCCUCAAUCCAAGCUUUUUACAAAGCUAUGAUUUUCCUGGCUAUGGUAUUGUCUCGGUGAAUAAUUGUAAA